AUGAGACGAUCUCUCCUGUCGAUCGCUUUUGGGGUAGCACUGCUAUCUGAGUGCUAUGCCCCGUCAGCGGCAUCACCCAUGGGUAUGGCUGAAGAUGGACCCUUGGGGCAGGAAGCUUUCACCUCUCUUCUGAAUGACCAGGCCGCAGAAAAUGGCCUUGGUGAUGCAGAUCUGGCCACCGUGACCAAAUCCAGACUGCCGAGGGUGAUCGUCAUCGCCGCCGAUCCGACUAUUUGGAGAGACCUGCAAGUGCUGCGCAAUGGACUGUCCACCUACAAGCGCACGGCUGAUGAAAACAGCCAGGCUACUGAGCAAAGCGAUGUUGGACAGCACCUGAGCAUCCCCAUCUUGAGGAGGAACACCAUGAGAUGCAUGGUGGGAAGGGUGUACCGGCCCUGCUGGGAGGUCUAG